UCACCCCUCCCUUUCAUCUCCAUUCCCACACACAAUGCAGCUCUCUCUAUAUUCGAUUUCGGUUGGGCUCAGCCUCUUCCACAGCGCCCUCGGCGGUAGUUUGGAAUUCGAGCCCGCCAAAGGCACACCGGGGGAUACUGUGACAUGCACCAGCAAGGAGUUUGACGACCAGAGCCUUGCUGGUUUCCUCGAGGCCGAGGAAAUAGAUGACUGCACAAGAGUUGGGAACAACUUUGUCUUCGAUGAUGGUUUUAUCUUUAGGUGCGGUGAUAGUCUUGAAAAUGAGAUUCUCACCGUUUGCCAGGGGCCAAUUGGUGGGGAGUCAACAUGCAAGCCUACCUUGGCAAGGGCUGGGGUAGACCUAUGAGCUCGUUCUUGCUUGAUGUUUUGAAUGUGUUAUUUCAUUUGAAGUUUGGCCUCUUGUGACCA